CCGAGUGAAAGUGCUGGCUGCUGCUGCUAUUUGUUUCUGUUUUCCCGCCAUGGCUGCAAUGGAAAUCGACACAGAGAAAAAUCUUCAGAGAAAGCAAUCCACUUACCAAUCCCUGGAUGAGACAUUUGAGAUUCAAAAUGAGACAUACAGAGGUCAGCAAUACAGUCAAAUAUACUUUGCUCGUCUUCACACGAUGAGGACUCUGCUUUACUCUCUUGUUACCCAUUGGAAACCCCAUGUCCCUGUUUGUACAGUUUUGGAAUUGGAAGAAGGCAAGGAAUGCAUCAUUGUUGGAACCCUGUACAAGCACAUGAAACUUAAACCUUGCAUUCUUGAUGAAUACUCGAAGGAGAGAUCUGCAUUGCCUCUUGUCAAGCCUCAUAACUUCAUGCAUCCAGAUGAUCAUUUGGUUUUGGAAGAUGAAAGUGGAAGAGUUAAGCUUGGUGGCACCGUGCUUUCACCUUCAGUAUAUGUCACAGGUGUAGUUGUCGCUUUGCAUGGAAAGGAAACUGGUGCUGGUGACUUUAUGGUGCUAGAUGUCCUUGAAGCUGGUUUAGCACCACAGAUAGAACCCCAACUUAAAUCAAGAGAGGAUAAGUAUGUUGUUUUUAUUUCUGGGGUGAAUGCUGGGAGCAGCUUAUCAAACCCUCUCCAAUUUCAGCUUCUUGUGGAUCAUAUAACAGGACAUUUGGGAGAUGAAAAGGAACAGGGUAUUGCAGCAGAGAUAGUUCAUGUUGUGAUUGCAGGUAAUUCCGUGGAAAUUCCCCUUGGUCUUCUAAAUGGACAGAAUUUGGCUUCAAAGGAUCAGUCUAGGCUCUCUGAGCCAGUUCAAGAGCUGGAUAUUUUGUUGACUCAGAUUGCUGCAGGUGUGCCUGUGGAUAUCAUGCCAGGAUCCAAUGAUCCAGCGAACUUUUGUUUACCUCAACAGCCAUUGAACAGAUGGCUUUUCCCUGGAUCCAGAGCUUAUAACACUUUUAGGUCGUGUACUAAUCCUCAUUGUUUUGAGCUUGCUGGUGUCAGGAUUCUUGGAACGUCAGGUCAGAACAUUGAUGAUCUUAAAAAAUAUUCGGAGGGAAAGGAUGAGCUUGAAUUUAUGGAAAGGACGUUAAAGUGGAGGCAUCUGGCACCAACAACACCUAACACACUCGGAUGUUAUCCUUUCACUGAUAGGGAUCCUUUCCUGAUUGAGAGCUGUCCUCAUGUUUACUUUGUUGGAAACCAAGAUAAAUAUGGAACUCGCAUUUUAAAGGGUUCAGAAGGGCAGUUGGUGAGACUUAUUUCCAUUCCUAAAUUCUGUAAUACUGGAAUGGUGGUUGUGCUUAACCUGAGAAAUCUCGAAUGCCACACUCUUAGCUUUGGAACUCAAUUCAGCUUAUAAAAACACCACAUGAUGUAUGACACUCUGUAUUGCUUUAGGGACUAGAACUGCUAGGACUUUUUCAUUGCCUGUGCGCUAUAUCUGAAGCCUUCAUUGGAGUGGAGAAAGGUAAAUUACUGCCACCAGUAGAUUCAUUGGACGAUACAUGAUCAUCGAUAGGAUGUGUAUCUGCCAGCUGGUUCUUCAUUGGUUCUCCAAAGGUAAAUUAUUCGUAAUUUUGGUAGGCCUUCUUGUGAAUUGUAAGGUCUUGUGUAUUUUAAAAUGUAGUUCAGCUUUUUCUUAACUUGAAAAUUGAAUUACUCUUUGCGGGGUCAGAAUGAAAUGCUAUUGGUAAUGCCAUGGUCUAAA